CUCGUGUUAGUCUCAGGCACUAAACUUUUCCUCCGCCCGCGCGCCCGCCUUUGCAUUAUUGCCAUCUCUUGAAUCUGUAUCUGUGCCCUACCGAGUAAUAAUAUCUACUCCGUACUACUGCCCUACCCUACAAAAGUUACCUCAUACUUUUGCAAACGAGCAUCGAUUGUUUAUUGUAAAAGAAUUCCUUGAGCUCCCCACGUGAACCGUUUACGCGUUCACGUUCUACGCAGUCUCUUGACCCCACCUCCAAUUCAAAUCCAUCCAUCAUGUGUAAACACGUCCUCAACGCCCAAGUCUCCAUCCGUUCGCCAUGCUGCCGAAAAUGGUUCGACUGCGCAGAAUGCCACGCCGAGACGGCCGAUCACCCUCUCCUUCAGAGCUUUGAUAUGACAUUUAUCUGCAAGAAAUGCAAGAAGGCUUUCCGGAAAGACGCAAAGGAAUUCGAAGAAAGUGACGAAUAUUGCCCACACUGCGACAAUCAUUUCGUUCUGGAUGCCCUCACCCCCAAAGCAUCCCUGCAAGUCGAAGGCGAGGACGUGCGAAAGGAUUCCAGGAUGCUCAAAGACGACCGGGUCCGACGCGAUGAGGAGAGGACGAUAUUCGAUGUCAAGGAUGCGGCAGAUAGGCUGGGAUGAACAAUCAGAAUGGACUUGAAUACCCUCGAUGGCAUAAUAAUAUUGAGUGGUUGGCAUAUAUGGGUCGAUAAAUCGAUCUCGCAGCGACUACACGGCAUUUAUGGAGUUUUGGAGGAGUUGUCAACGUUCAUGUAUUAGAACGUUUCUCUGAGUUUUAUGACGUAAGGACGCCAAAGUGUCUACUUUCUGAACUCUUAUAGCUUUCCAGACGCCAUGCCAUCAUGAAUGCAUGAAUCAUACGGGAAUACCACAUCCUGUUACUAUCUAUGAUCCGGAUGUCUCGCCAGCUGGUCGCGUUGGAAUGGCGGACGUUCCCGUGCCCGGUCCUCGUCCAGGCCUUCGGCUCGCUGCCUCCUCCUGCUUCUCUGUGUUGAUGUUCUCCAC